AAACCUUUGAGCGAUGUGCCGUCGCCAUGACUACUGGCUGCUGGCUGGAAUCAUACAACACGGCUAUGCUCGUUGGCAGGAUGUGCAGAACGAUGUGAGGUUUGCCAUCCUCAAUGAGCCUUUCAAAGGGGAGAUGAGCAGAGGAAACUUCCUGGAGAUCAAGAACAAGUUUCUUGCCCGCAGGUUCAAGUUAUUGGAGCAGGCGUUGGUGAUUGAGGAGCAGUUGCGCAGGGCGGCUUACCUGAACAUGACAGAGGACCCGGCCCACCCCUCUAUGGCCCUCAACACUCGCUUCAGUGAGGUUGAGUGUCUCGCCGAGUCCCACCAGCACCUCAGCAAGGAGUCCAUGUCUGGAAACAAGCCUGCCAAUGCAGUUCUGCAUAAAGGUAAAUCAAAUGAAAGAUUAAAAGAGAUAGGUAUAGUGAGGGUUCUCAUGGACAUGGAAAAUAUAGUAAUUCUUCAUCUUCAUCAAGUCAUCUUACAGUAAUGUUCCUUUAGCAUGAACUAUAACAGUUUGUUGUGUCUGAGCAACAGUUUCCACACCUGUAACAAGCAUCUGAAUAUGAAGAGCGUGUGUGUGAGAGAGGAUGUAGUGUUGGCCGUUACUGUGGUAGUAUCAGGAAAGUAUUUAAAUCACUAAAAAGUACUUCCCUAAGUAUUGCUGCUAACGUAACCAGCAACAAACAUCAGGUGCAACACUGUGGUUAUUGAUACAGCAGCUUCUAUAUUUGAACAAACAAAGCUUUUCAUUACCUCUUCAGGAAAUAACACUGCAACCACCCAGUCCAUCUUUGAGGUUAUAGAGAUGACAAAGGGUGUGACUAACAGUUAUUCUUUGAGAGAGGGGAUGACACGCAGCAA